AUGAGACAGACUAUAACACUACAGGUUCUGUUAGUAAAUAUUCUUCUUUUAAAGUCAAUUAUAUCACUGGAGAUAGAGCGAUUCGUGAUAGAAGAUAGGAGUGACCCGGCAGACCAGUUAAAUGUUAAAAGAAUUCUAGAUAUUAUUUCUAGAUCUAGGGAGAAGCCACAGACUUAUCGAAGGAUGGAGGAACGAGCUGAAAAAAUUAAAUUUUUGUACAAUUUUCUCAGGACCAAACUUGGUCCUAGUAGAAUAAAAAAAAUUCUUCGUGACCAAGGUGAAACAGCAAGUGUCCCGAAGAUGGACUUGGAAGGAUUAAUCGAGAAUGAACUUAAAAACGCACUGGCAUUAAAAUCGUCGGCACUCAAUGACCGGCCAGUUCUCCAAAAAAGGGGAAGAAAUGAUUUUCUUGUGAUGAAACCUCAAGUUGUGGACCCAUUUGUAACUGUGGUCCCAAACAAUAUUUAUUAUAAUAUUGAAAAGAAAUGUGUCAAUUGGUUAGAUGAUUGUAACCUUCAAGGUAUAAGAUCGAGACUGCUUCAAAAAGUUAAAUCUCCAUUUAAAUAA